CCAAGCGCGGCACUUGAGACAUCCAGAUGUUGCGUUUGAGGCACCCAGUGAAGUCGGGAGCAGGCUACAACUGUUUCCACGCUGAAACAAUUUGCAUACAUUGCUUUUCCUGCUCAUUGGCAAAGAUGGAAGCUGGCUGGCUCGAGUAAAAUCAGAGAAGUGAGGCUUUUUAACACAUUUUUACGCCACUUUCAUCUGUUUGGAGUCUGGACAAAGAGGAUAUUGAGGAGGACGUGAAAACUACAACAAAGCCUCAAUUUAACUGCGCAGUUUGGACGUUUAAAUCUGAAUGAAAUGUUUGCGUUUCUACACCGGGUUGGAGUUAAAUAGCCCAUUAGGCUGACACUGUCGCUGAAAUAACGAUUAAUACCUAUAAUACGAGUGGGCAUCAUGGCUUUCCUUCACUUGCUCCUGUGUGUCGGGAUGUUUUCGAUGUGUCGAGCCUUUUUCACCGGACCGCUGCAGCCGGAGAUGUCUAACGGGACUUUUCAUCACUAUUUCGUGCCGGACGGAGACUACGAGGACAACGACGACCCGGAGAAAUGUCAAAUGCUUUUCAAGAUGACCGACGAGCGAAAGUGCAGUCUCGAUGAGGACCAGGACUCUGUCAUACGGGAUGAUUUCACCAUCAUCAAGAGGCAGAUUGAGGACUCGGCCCGGGUGCUGGAGGGGAUCGGGAAAAGCAUCUCGUACGACCUGGACGGAGAGGACAGCUACGGGAAGUACUUGCGGAGGGAGACGACUCAGAUAAGCGAGGCUUUCACAAACUCGGAGAAAUCUCUACUGGAGCUCGAGGUGAAAUUCAAGCAGAGCCAAGAGAGUGAGUCAAAGGAGGAGCACAGGCUCAACGACGACUUUCUGAACAUGGUAGUGCACACACGGGACGUCCUGAAGGGCACGCUGGACAUUUCUCAGGGACUAAAGGACAAGCACGAGCUCCUGUCUCUGAUCAUCCGCAGCCACGGCACGAGGCUGAGCAGACUGAAGAACGAAUACAUGAAGUUCUGAGGGAAAGUAGUUCCUACAGGUCUCAUUACAGUACUUAUAUGAUGCAGUUUGAGACCAUGAGACUGGGUGAAACAAUGAGCAAUCAUAUCAGGGAUGAAACAAAGUUUAAAGGGCCAGUUCACGUAAUUUACGAAAAUAAUACUUAUUAUCUCAUCUAAUUCUAGAGCAGUGGUUCCCUGGUUGGCUUUCCUUUAAUGUGUUCAAAGAUGGUUCUACAUGUCAAAGGUCACAAUAUGAUAAUUAGGAAAUAAGAAAAACAAAUGAUGUUAUAUUUAAAAUAUUCUUCCUUUUUUGUUGAAAAAUAUUCAAAUCAAACUAUCUGAUCACUUUUGACGAUCAAUUAGGAGGCGAGUAGUUCACUGUUCAUAACUCUUACCUGUGAUGAGAUGUUGCAGAUACACUGCUUCUCUUUAAAGGUUCUGAAACAAAAACAAGUUGGGAUCCACAGUUCGGAAGGUAGGCUAUAUAACCAUGCAGAUGAUAGUCCAGGUGAUAUUUGUCUAAACUGGAUUGCCCAAUGAAGCCAACAGCGCUAAAAUCCCUAACCCGGAAAGACCUCAUUUACAAAUGUGUUGUAUUAUGAUUAUGUUCCAAAUGUAUGAUACUAAAUAACAAUAUAUCAAUACAAUAUGACCCAAACUCAUGGACCUGUUUUGUUAGUGUAUAAAUGUGUUUAGUAUACGUUCUUUUUUUUAGCUUAUAUUGUGCUCAUGUGGUGCAUAUUCUUAAAUGAAGUUGUUCUUCAAAAAAUAAAUAUGUCACAUUGUGGGAGAAACAGUUUUCCAAUCCAUUCAUUGCAAAAAUCUGGGAUAGGUCUACGUAUAUAUAUAUAUAAAAAGGCAUUUAAAACCAAAAACAUCUCCAACUGCUAGUCUUAAGUGAGAAAAUGCGUUGUUUGAACAUAACAUCUCUGCAGGGCUGCAUCUCAUGUGAACAAUCUUACCUUUAUAAAGGAAUAAGGAGUUGGCUAUAUUGAUAAGUUAUUCGAUAACAGUACAAUGCAUUUUAUAUAACAAUAUUGCGAUAAAUGUUCGAGAAAAAAACAAUUUCAAAAGUAUACAUAGAUUUAAUGAGCAGAAUAUUGACUGGUUUUGGCUUACUAUACAAACUUAGUUCCUUACCAAUCGAAGUUCAUCAUUGUGUGAUUUUCAUUCCACCACAAAGUAAUAAAGAGCUACUAAGGUAUACAAAUUAUAUUUUGAUAUAAUAAAUAUCAUCUGUCCGUGUAAAUCGUCAUAGUGCUGACUCCCAUAGACUAUUGCAAUGGUCAUUACAUACCAUUAUAACACAAACAAUAGUUAAACAGUAAUAAUGUUCAAUAAUUAUAUAUGGCCUUAGGGUUAGUCAAACAUUAUCUGUCCGCCUCUUUUCUUGGUAGUAUGUUUAAGUAGAUGCAUUCAUCUGUAAACUGUCACAGGUUUGUGCAUUUGUUUGUAAGCUUGGGUGUAAGGGUAAAACAACAGCUUCAAACACUAAUCAGCCAAUCAAAAAAAGUGAAAAUGGGAACCAUCAACUUUCCAAACACUAGUACUGUAGGUAGAGUAUUCCAAGACUUAUUCAGUCCUCUGUGACCAAAAAAGACGUGUGUGAAUGUGGAUUUUGGAGAGAUUCCUUUGAGGAUUAAGUCAAAUGUUGGACAACUCAUUUGUAAGUAUCCACAUUUACAAAACAUUCACUAAAGAUAUAUUGGUUUUGGAUAACUCAUGGACAUAGCUGUAAAGCGAGGGGGGUGGAGGGCAUGAUGUAGUAGGCUGUUUGAAUGCUCCUAACUUGAGCAGUCAUUGUUGUUGCUCUUUUUUGACACUCCAGAUUAUGAAUAUUGAAUAAUGUUUACAUAUGGAAAACUAAGUUUUGCUUUUUGGGCUUGUAAACUUUGCACAAUUCUUUAACUGUUCCGGUGCUUAAGGUUGUGUCAUGGUUUAAAAUGCAUUUACUGUGCUGUUCGGCGAAGGCUGUAUAAUCCUGGAAAAUGUACAGUGUGAUAUUAAGUACAGUAAGUAAAUGCUGUGAGUGCUAUCUUUUUGUUACAAAACACCUUAUUGUGUAUUCCUUUUGUAUACAAAGUUUCAAAUUGAGCUGCAUAUAUCUAUAUAUUUUAAGGUAGUGAGAGCAUAAUAAAUGACGGAUAAGACUGCAGGCAGCACUUGUGGAAUUCAAUGUUAACAACAAUCAUUGUGACAUUAUUUUUGAAUGGAUUGUGUUGUGUCUUCAUAAAUAAAGAGUUGGUGUUGAAA